AUGUGCGCCUUUUUGAGGGGCUUCGCGCUGCGGGGAUGGCUCUGCGGCCCUCAGGCCCAGUGCCCAAGCCCGGUGCGCCACAGCUCGGGAGGGCCCUCUUGGACCCAGGAGCGGACUCUGGUGGCCGUGAAGCCAGAUGGGGUGCAGCGGAGGUUGGUAGGGGAUGUGAUCCGGCGUUUCGAGAGACGCGGCUUCAAGUUAGUCGGGAUGAAGAUGCUGCAGCCACCAGAGAGCAUCCUUGCGGAGCAUUACCACGACCUUCGGAGGAAGCCCUUCUACCCAGCCCUCAUCGGCUACAUGAGCUCUGGACCCGUGGUGGCCAUGGUCUGGGAAGGCCAUAAUGUGGUCCAUACUUCAAGGGUCAUGAUCGGAGACACAGAUGCAGCUAAAGCUGCCCCAGGGACCAUCCGAGGAGACUUCAGCAUUCACAUCAGCAGGAACGUAAUCCAUGCUAGCGACUCUGUGGAAGGGGCCCAGAGGGAGAUUGGGCUGUGGUUCCGGAGCUGUGAGUUGGUGGACUGGCCCGACAGAGGCCCCCAGAGCGGUGUCUCCCCAGCCUGA